GAUGCCUAAUCAAUCAAUCAGGCUCGUUAAGGCGCCGCGCGGCGCUCCAACUCCGCCUAAACACGAGCGGCCUAAUUGACCAACUUUAUUGGAUUAACGGUGGCAUGUGAAAAAAAAAAAAUAUGGAGCAGGACUGCGAUUUAGCUGCAGAAUUCGACUGUUCAAGCCUGCUGUGUGAGGAGCUGGAGGAUUUGGAAAGUAAGGACUCCGAAGAGAAGCCGGGCGGGAGAAGAGAAGAAGGCGAUGAGAAAGUGUUAAAUCAGAGGGAUGAAGAGACGAGAGAGGACGCGGCGCAUGAAGGGAGGAACGAGGGGGAGGAAGACGGGGAAGACAAAGCUGUUGUGUCAGAAAACGAACUGAUGAAGGAUGAAGCGGAGCAGGUGAAGCCUGGGAGUAGGCCGGAAGCAGAGGAGGCACAGGAUGUUCAGAUGGAAGAGAAAGAGACCGAGGUUAGCAAAGAAACAAUUGUUGACAAGCAAGUGAAGAAAACUGUGCAGAAAAAGAGCAGGAAGCGACGAGGGAAGAAGCAAAAUGAGCAUGUGAGACCCAGGAAAGCAGGAAAGGAGGGUGUCAGUGAGAAGCCGGCGGAGCAAGAGAAAAGUCAGAAGCAGGAAAUGUCAGUGAUGAGCUCAGAGGAGAACCCGGCUCAGUUUGAGCCCUCUGUUGGCCUGAUGAACACCUGUGAGCUGUCUGAUCAAGUCUACCUGGGUAUCGGGGCAGCUGGAUUGUAUUUCCCCCCAGUGCCUGUCCCAGUCCUGUACCCGUCCCAGACACCAGUCCCCAUCCAGUCUGCAGCGCCUCAAUCUCAUGGGACAAAAAGAGCCUACAGCCCCUCUCAGCCUCACAGCCUCCCCCAGCAGAGCUCCCAGACCCUUCAGAUGGAGAUAGCUCAAGGGUACUCCACUCGACGCUCCAUUCGAUACAGCAGCAGGAGCCGAGGUCGGGCGCUCAGCUUACCUCUUCCACCAGGUUCUGAGAAUGUGGACAGCUGCCCACUACCACCUGCCCCAAGGAAGAAGACACGGACACUCUACAGUACAGACCAGCUGGAGCAUUUAGAGGCGCUGUUCCAGGAGGAUCACUAUCCUGAUGCAGAGAAGAGGAAAAUUAUUGCUGCUUCAGUUGGUGUCACCCCUCAGAGAAUUAUGGUUUGGUUUCAGAACCGCAGGGCGAAAUGGAGGAAAGUGCGUUCAAUCACAGCGAAGGCAGAACCUGCACCAACUAAAGCUGAACACAGCACGAAUAGUCCAAAUCACAAAGUCAAUCCCCAGUUGACCACGCUGACAUCCACCAGGAAAGGAGUGCCUUCUGUUUCUGGUCACUUUACUGCUUCCGUACCACAGAUUACCUCUGCAGCUGCUUUUCCCACACUGUCCACUCAGACCCUUCACUCCUACAGUAAGCUGUUGGACAGCCUUAACAGCCCAGGUCAGAGUAGAGGGAGAGAAAUGGGUUCAGGGAAUCUGUUGGAGUAUCAUCCCCCCCGUCCCAUGCACAGCCCUCCCCCUCUGCGACGAGCCAGCCUCCCUCUUUUUCCUGCUGGCUUCAACUCUGUUAGCCAGAAUCCCCUUCUCCUCAACACCCCGGCCCCCGCCCGUCCUCUCCUUCUCGAUGCUCUGGAGAGCGAUGCCUCUUUAGCUCAUUAUGACACCCAGUCCCAACAGAAUGACACCAGCCUGCUGUAUGACUUUGCGGAGAAGCUGAGCCAGCAGAGCAGCUCCUUGUCUUAUCAGCUUCACAACUCCUUUCCAACCAGCCAGCAUCAGCCUCAAACAUCUGGACCCCACAUGCCAUUCCUCACUCCAUCGCCCUACCUUACGCCCAACCCUCCAGAUUCCAAUCCUGCCUCAUACCUGACUUAUGGACCUGGAGGCAGCUCAGCUGGACUGGUGACUUACUCCACAGGUGGUCACUCCUACUAUCAGUCCCAGAGCACCGGACAGAUCCUGUUACAGCCCGCCGGUCGCCAUGGAGCGAUGACAUCAUACCAGUCAUAUCCAUGGAGUAAUUUGUAUAGUCAGCCAUCCAUCCAGCAGCAUGCCCAGUGUCCUCCCACAUACUCAGCCAGCUUGGGAUCUGUUGGAGACCACCAGACCCAGUCUACAUCCAGCCUGCCACUGCAUUCUGUAUUUCAGGUGGGGGAGCAUAACCCAUCACAUACCAACUUGCAGCAAGCAGCAGAGACCCAGCAGCACACUGCCUCCAGCACCGCCACCACUGUCCUCCCAUCAGUGUCAAGCCUGCGGCCCUCCUGUUUCAGAGUUGAGAGAACACUGACCACAGUUUCAUCGCUGCUUCCCUCUCAGGUCAGCGCCACGUCUCCUGAAAGCCCUCCAGCACCCUCCUGUGUCAAACUGGAGUAUGACAGCCCACGAGAGAUUCACAGCCACUUCCACUGUGACUUCUCCCCAAUACAUUUUUGAAUCCUUGUUUGGGUUUAAUUUAUAUGUUUGUGUGUAAAUUGUUAAAUGUUUUCCUGUAUUUUGUAUUACCAAUACAGUAUUCUCAGUGGAAACAUUAGUGUCUCAGGGCUCUGUUGGGCUGCAUAAAGCAAGGCUUUAAUAAAUGAAAAUGGUAAGAUUCUACAUUUUACUUUUUUAGCUUGUUUUUAAACAAAAUUUCAUAUCAGAUAUUUCAUUCAAAAAAUUGUAGUUUUGGACCAUAAAUGCACAACUUGGUUCUUACUCUGUACACAUAACCAAGUGUGCACAUGUUAUAUUGCUUUCUUCUUGAGCACCACAGGAAAAAACACAUUUGUACUGAGUUUGACCAUGAUAAAGGGUAAAGAAAUAAACUAGAAAGAAAUAUGUAAACAAAUGUAAAAGUAAAACCUUACUCACAAAAAAUGGGAAGUUGUGCACUUGGUUAAAACUGCAGAAUCUUUUACCAAGUUAAUGCAAUUGGAGUAAAUUAAGUUAUAUAGUUUGCUUUUGUGCCUUGGAUUUCAGCGAGGUAUGGACUAUGAUGUAGGCUAGUAAUUACAUAUAAAACAAUCAACUGCA